AUGGAGAUUUUGGAACAAGGAAUUUCCCGGGUUCGUUGCGAUCGUCGGCUUUUCCUCGGUAUGACUGCUGUCUUCGUUGCACUGAUUCUGUCGACGCUUUUUGUUGAACAAUAUCUCCCUAGCAUCCGAUAUUUGACAGCGAUAUUUCGAUUUUUGGUGGCACUAAUAAUCGCAUUUUGUCUUUGGCACGGUUUAAUCGGUCUUACAAUGGAAAUGAAAGCUUUAAAAGCAUCGAAAGCAUCGAUUGGAAUGCUUCUCAACGACUGA